AGUCAUACAGAGCAGCACGCACCGUGGUGAUAACUUUUUUUUUUAUUUUUUAAAAAUAUCUUUGUAGGUAGGCAAAUAUUCGGUUUAAAUUCAGUACACUCGAGGGCACCCCGCGACGACAGCUGUUCGGCCGUUCGGCUUUUACGUAAUACGUAAUAUUAUUAUUUUUGUUGUUGCCCGUAUCCGAUCGGAUCUCGUCGACCGUCGUCCGACUCGCAGUUCGCUGGUCUCGUCGUGCUCGUGCAGUCCGCCCGCCGCUCGUCGACUCGCGUCCGUCGAUACAUAAUAUUAUUAAAAUAUAUUAUUACGCGUUUCUGGCACGUUCGCGCGAAAACACUGAUCAGAUCUCGUACAUCGGCCGUUUAGUUUAACGCGACUGUCCAAAAUUUAGAUCACCGAACGUUCAUAAUGCAAAAUCAAAUGGAUAAAAUGAAGUGGUCCAGCAUCGUGGCAGAACUAUUGUUGCUGUUGAUUAAAAGCAUUUACUACAUUGGCGAGUCCAUUUAUUACUUGAUCGUACCGAUGCCGGAAAAAUCGUUGGCUGACGAUAUCGUUUUGAUCACAGGCACAGGACAUGGAAUAGGGAAAUGUUUGGCGAUGCAGUUUGCUAAUGAAUCUGCCAAAGUGGUGUGUGUCGACAUUAACGAGCAGUCAAAUGCAGAGACCGUAAAAGAAAUCAACUCCAAAUGGAAAGGAAAAGCUUUCGCUUACACAUGCGACGUGUCAACAUUGGAAAAAGUCAGAGAACUCGGUGAAAAAGUUAAGAGCGAAGUUGGCACUGUUACCAUCCUGGUUAAUAACGCAGGGAUUAUGCCAUGCAAACCUCUCGAGGCUCACGACGAACCCACAAUAAGGAAAAUAUUCGAUAUUAAUGUAUUUGCUCAUUUUUGGAUGCUUGAUACCUUUUUACCUGGAAUGAAAGCGAUAAAUAAAGGACAUUUAGUAUUCUUGUCAUCAAUGGCUGGUAUAAUUGGCUUGAAGAAUCUGGUGCCUUAUUGUGCGUCCAAAUUUGCAGUGAGAGGUCUAGCAGAAGCGAUAAUGGACGAAUGCAGAGAAGAUGGCUUCACAAAUCUCUAUUUCACAUCAAUUUUCCCAUAUAUGGUCGACACUGGUCUGUGCAAAAAACCUAUUAUUCGUUUUCCCAGUUUGUUACCACUCGUAACACCCGAAUCGACAGCAAAAGAAAUCAUAUCCGCUGUUAAAAAGAACUUACUUGAACAUUCCAUUCCGAGUCCAUUGCUCGUCAUCAAUAAUAUCUUCAGGUGUUAUCCACACAAAAUAGCACUGAACUUUAAAGAUUUUAUGGGUGGUGGCGUUGAUGCACAUGAUGAUUAAUCAAGUUUACAUGUGAAAAUAAAAUCCUACUGAAAUAUUUUGAAAUAAAUAUAUGUACGCAUAUUAUACAGUUCAUAAAUCUAUCAUAGAUAUACACCGUUAAUACAGCAAUAUUGUACUAUUAUAUUAAUAUGAAAUUCUUAAUAACUAAAUUUGUAGUAAUUAUUUUUAAUUUAAGUAAUUUAAUUCACUGAGAAAUCUAAUUUUAAGAACAAAACCUAUCUGCAUUUAGCUUGCAAAUGCACUAUGAUAAUCUGCUUAUUGUGAUUUUGUUUAUAGAUAAUAUUAUGUACUUAUUGAGGUAGCCAUGUUAAUUUAUUUUAAUUUUAGCCAUUGUACUACAAUAGCAUGUACUUUAAGUUAUCUAAUUUGAUACAAUUCGUGAAUUAAAUCACAAAGCACAAUCAUUGUUAAACAUAAUUUAAUUUAAUUAAAAUGUAGUUUAAAAAAUAUUUAGUAAACUAAGACUGUUAUUGUAUUGAAUAAUUGCCUAACGAAAAUAUAUUUAUAUAUAACAUAAUAUAUUA